AUGGAUCAAGAAUCUCAACGGCGUCUCCCGACUGAUGCAGUCCCGGCUGCUCGCGACGAGAGACUGGGUAGGAACGAUAGUGGCGGUGCUGCUGACAACAGGUCGAAUACGAGAGAUUGCAGCGACAUUGGCAUUGACAUUGAUGAUCAUGCGAUUGCUGCUGCUCUCCAGGAGGAGUAUUCAGCAGCGGAAGCGAGAUCGUCGCUUCAUCAAGACCGUAGAGUCCCUCCUGAGCCUGUUUCUGAAGAUCACUCCAUAGCAGCGAAAACGAAGGGGAAGAGUAUUGGAGAUUCUGAAUCUCAGUCGUCGGCUCAACCUGAAGCUCCUGCAGCAGAUUCGGACGAUCACGCCAUAGCAGCGGCGCUACAGGAGGAGGAGGAGCACCUAGCAAAAGAAACGAAGGGGAAGAGCAGAGGAGAGGCUGCAUCUCAGCCGUCGAUCCAAACAGAAUCGCCUGCAGCAGAUUCGGACGAUCACGCCAUAGCAGCAGCGCUACAGGAGGAGUUUCUCAAGGAAGCGGAAUCCGAAGCAGCAGAAGAUGAUCAUGAUCAGCAGAGCAACAAUGAUUACAAUGAUGAAAGCGCCGAUGAAGAGAACGAUGGUUACAAAGAUGACGACAAUGGGGGUGCGGAGCAGCAGGAGGAGCUGGACGGAGACUUCGCUUUGGCCAUGAAACUGGCUUCGGAGGAACUCAAAAACGCUGGUUUGAGCAGCAAUGAGCCUCCAACUGCAGGGCGGUCACUCACGAGGCUUUUCACCCGAUCCAACUCCGUGCUGCACAGCAUGCGUGUCAACAGCGGCCGACUGCCCUCACUGCGAGAGAGCCUGUCAAGCCACCAGACGCUCACAGAGAGGCUUGCAGUCUAUGGGUUGAGGGAACUGCCAAUGGUGGGCGAUGGAAACUGCCAGUUCCGAGCACUGGCAGACCAGCUGUUUCGCAACGCCAAUCGCCAUGCCGCCGUGCGACAAGCCGUGGUGCAGCAGAUGCGCGCGCAUUCAGAGCGCUACUCGCCCUAUGUGCCGGACAGCUUCUCUCGCUACCUCAGGCACAUGGCCAGGAACGGCGAGUGGGGUGACCACAUCACUCUGCAGGCUGCUGCGGACAAGUACGGAGCAAAGAUCAACCUCAUCACAUCCUAUCCAGGAGACCAGUUUCUCAUCGAGAUUUUCCCAUGCCAAGGCAAGCCCACAAAAGAGUUAUGGCUCAGCUUCUGGGCGGAAGUACACUACAACUCCGUAUACAGUGCUGAAAGCCUGCCUCCACCUCAGCCAAAAAAGAAGCACUGGCUCGCGCAUCCUCGCGCGGUCGAGAGCGUCGCCGUCGUUUGGGAAGGGUUUGGACAGCAUCCGCGCAGCAUCGGGGCAGCAUCCGCGCAGCAUCCGCGCAGCAUCCGGGCAGCAUUCGCCGCGCAGCAUCCGCACAGCAUCCGGGCAGCAUCCGGGCAGCAUUCGCGCAGCAUUCGGGCAGCAUUCGGGCAGCGUUCGGGCAGCAUGUCGACUAAUUUGGGCCCGGGCAGCAAUCUCGAGGGCAUUCUCAAGUGGAGCCUCGCUCACUCCGAUGGCACGGGGCCCGCGCGACAGAUCACCGAGGAGGAGCGGCAGUGGUUCAAUCAAGCAAUGCAGGCAGCAGUGGUGGACAUAGUGCAGCGGAUGAAGGAGAUCAGCAUGGUCAUGGCCGUCACUGAGGAGGGGCUCCUAUCACAGGGCGUGACCGUUGAAGAAAUGGCGGGCAUGCUGGAAGAACUUCAGGAGCAUGUGGAAUCGAUUGACAUGGCGAAUGACCUCAAGGCCAUAGGAGGUUUGGAGCCGCUGCUGCGCUUCCUCAAGUCCCCCCAUGCCAUCCUGCGCGCGCGGGCAGCGGAGGUGGUAACCACGAUGGACCAAGGCUGUGGGGGCGAUUUCAUCCUUGGUGCGCCAUAA